AUGGCAAGCAGUACGUCAGCAAGUAGACGAGUUACUCAAGAAUCUCAAAAGAUUGAUUUAUUGCAAUCAUUACUUAAAACAAAUAACAUUUUUUUAUUUGUACCUAAUAUAAUUGGUUAUAUACGUGUUUUUCUGUCGAUUGCUUCAUUUUAUUUUAUGCCAACACAUCCGAAAAUUACAAUUAUAUGUUAUUUAACAAGUGAAUUUCUUGAUGCACUGGAUGGACAUGCUGCUCGAGCACUUGGUCAAAGUACAAAAUUUGGUGCUAUGUUUGAUAUGCUUAUUGAUCGAUGUUCAACAAUGUGUUUAUGUUUUGUUUUGGCAAUGUUUUAUCCAAAAUGGGCACUUUUCUUUCAACUUUGGGCUGCUAUUGAUGUUGCUAGUCAUUGGCUUCAUUUACAUGCAGCAACAGUCAAAGGCUCUGAAAGCCAUAAAAAAAUCGAUCUAUCAGGCAAUCCUGUUCUCCGUCUUUAUUAUACAUCACGUAAAGUUCUAUUUACCAUGUGUGCUGGUAAUGAACUUUGGUUUUCAAUGGUUUAUAUGCUUCAUUUUGGUGAAGGUCCUGCAGUAAUUACAUAUGGAGGUUAUGCAAUAGGUCUUUGGCGCCUUAUUCUCUUUAUUGUAACACCAAUAAUGGUAUUAAAACAAAUAAUUAGUUUGAUUCAUCUUUAUACAGCUGCACUUGAUAUGGCUGCUAUUGAUGAAGCUGAACGAGCAAAAAAAACAUAA